UACAAGUGGCCUUGUUAAAUGCUUGUACCAGGAACUGCCUAAUAACCAGACAUUAGGGGAUUGAAAAACAAGGGUACAAACUUUCAGUGGCUUUUUUCUAAAAUUAGUGUUUGUAUCAUACAUCACAGUGCAUUAUUUACAAGUUUCUUUUCUUGAGGAAGUUUUACUGUAGUUUGAACAUAAUGGAUAUUGAGUCCAAAACAUGUGGUAUGACUUCUGUUUUUCAUUUCAUAAAAUGGACUUUACUUGCUAUUUUGCUAAAAUUCACAUCAAUAGCAGUCUCUGACCCUCUCGGACAAUGUCCAAAGCAAUUGUUUGAAAUUUAUGAGACCAACUGCACAUCAUGUCACAUCAACGUGUUCAUCGACUGUGAACCAGAAAGUAUUAAACUAACAAAGAUGGAGGGAAACACUGGCUGCAAGUAUGAUCAACACCUGGGCCCUGGGCCAACGGAGCCGCGUGAUGGAUGCAGCCAUACAUGUAACAGGACCCACACUAUUGACCAGUGCUGUGAACACUUCUGGGGGCCAAACUGUGAUGCAUGUCCAGGAGGAGUGGAGUCACCGUGCAGUGGACAUGGUCAGUGUGAUGACCGCCUCAAUGGCACGGGCAAAUGUACAUGCCAGCCUGGCUGGUCCGGUGGUGCGUGUGAGUUGUGCGACUCCAAAUAUAACAACUGCACUGGAGAUGGUGACCAAUCAUCAUGCAGCAAUGUGACAUGCCCAGACAACACGAGAUGUUAUAUGAUCGAUGGGAAGUCCCACUGCCUCUGUGAGUGGCCCUACAUGGACAAGGAAAAUAGCACAGCCGCUGCAGAAAACAUAACAGCAGAUUGUGAAAAGAUUGAUAUCUGCACUGUACCUCCCCAUUGUCAUAGCUAUGCCAACUGCACCAUGACAACUGCACCCACCGCUGACAACUUGUGGAAGAUGUGCACUUGUUGGACAGGUUACCAUGGCGAUGGGUUCCAGUGUGACCCUGACGACCCUUGCCAAGUCAACAAUGGGGAUUGCCAUGACAACACUACUAUAUGCAGAAACACUGCACCCGGAGAGCGGGUGUGUGACUGUAAGCCGGGUUACCAUGAGCACCAGCUGGAUACAGGAUGUAGCCUGAUAGACAUCUGCAUGGUGAAUACCUCCGCCUGCCACCCAAAGGCCAAUUGUGAAACUGUGGCACCAUUAACUGUCGAGUGUACCUGUCCUAAAGGCUACAUGGGGGAUGGACACAUCUGUGUUGGUAAUCUGCUGCAGACCAUCCGGGACCUUAAUGGAGAAGACCCAGAUUUGAAGGGCAAGCUAUCCUUGAUAGAAGGUGCCAUGUCCAAGUACUAUGCCAGGGAGCUGACUGAGCAUGGCCCCUUCACAAUGUUUGUGCCCAUUAAUGAUGGCUUCAGGUCAAUCAACACUGGUGAUUAUGGGAAAUGGCUGGAUGAUGGUGUCCAGGUGCGAAAGAUCCUUCGAGAGCACCUGCUACCAGGGGAGUUCACUCUGGACAAACUCACCAACACCUCAGAGUUUCACACCCUGCAGGGAACCCCAGCAGAGAUUCUCGUCAAUCAGAGGACAGAUGUGAUGAAGUAUAGGAUACUGGGAAGCAACAGAAAGGCUGCGCUGGAGAAAUGGGACAUUCCAGCCUCUAAUGGCAUCAUCCAUGUUAUAGACAGGCUGCUGGUGAUCAAUGCCCAGGAUACUGGAUUUCCAAAUAGUGAUAUUUUGGAGAACAUCAAACAAUAUGGUCAAUACAACAGGCUAGAAUCACUCAUCACUACUGCUGGUGAUGAGAUCACAUCGAUACUUGUGAGCCCGAACAUCACAUUGUUUGCACCCAUCAACUCUGCCUGGGACACACUGCCAAUGGGCUCACUGGAGUUUCUCAACUCACCCGAGGGUAGGAGUCAUCUGGUUGCCAUACUGAAGGAUCACAUUUACCAGGGAGUUCUGGAGGUGACGGACAUUGUGAACAUGCGUCUUCUGAUGUCCAUGGCUGGAACUGUCUCCUAUGUCUAUAUAUCUCCAACAGGUCUGUUGAAGGUGAACAACCAUGCGAACCUCCUGCAGGCAGACAUUGCUGCAAGUAAUGGGCUUAUACAUGAGAUAUCCGAGGUGAAGGUCCCCAAUGGCGUGUCCACACUGCCCAAUUACUGCGACAUCGAAACCUACAGCCUCGUCAAGGGUGCUUGCCGGGACUGUCGGGAGGAUAUGAAAUGCUAUGGAGAUGAUGCCAUGACUGAUAUUCUGGAGCCAUGUCAGUAUCUGGCCAAGAAUGCUGAAGAGAAAUAUGACUACUACCCUGGCUGUGCAGUCAUGUGUAACAGGACAUUCUAUAACAAGCAAUGCUGCGACAACUUCUAUGGCAUCGACUGUCUACCGUGUCCUGGGGGCCAUAAAAACCCUUGUUCCGGGCAUGGAAAGUGUAAUGAUGGCUAUCAUUCUGACGGGGUCUGCAUCUGUGACGAGAACUUUGGUGGGCCAACGUGUGAUCGAUGUGCAGAUAAAAAACGUUGGGGGGAGAACUGCACACAAGAAUGCACAUGCUUACGUGGGAACUGCUCCUCAAGGGAUGGAAGGUGUGAGGUUGGCACCUGUGAGUCGGGUUACCAUGGUGAGAACUGCGAGUACACAGACUUUGGCUGCUACGAUGCGUGGCACUACUGCCACGCCCACGCUCAGUGUAUCUGGCAAGAGGAGCAACUUGCAUUUGACUGUAUCUGCAAGGCUGGGUACCAGGGCCCAGGAACUUACUGUGACCCUAUCAAUGUGUGUCAGUUGGAUAGUCGUGGAGGAUGCCAUCUACAGGCUACAUGUGAGAUGACUGGCCCCGGGACUGCCAAUUGCACGUGUAACCCUGGGUACAGCGGGGACGGUAGUGACUGUCUAAAGGAUACAGCUUGCUACUCCCAUACACACUGUCACCAGCAUGGCUCCUGUGUCAAUGAGGAAUCCGGGUCAGUUUGUAGAUGUGACGAUGGUUUCUAUGGUAAUGGGACCUACUGCGAGUACACAGACCGAUGUGCUGUAGGCAAUGGCGGAUGUGAUCCAAGGGCGACCUGUAUGCAUGCUGACAGGAGCAAGCCGUAUGUUAACUGUUCCUGUCCCCUGGAGAAGGGCCUCAGUGGGAGUGGCUUUCAUUGCUAUGGCAACCUCAUCAUGGAGCUGGGCAGCUUGAAUGAAACUAUGCAGACCUUCAAAUUACUUCAACAUUUGCAGAAGUAUGACCGUGAUUUGCUGCUGAACGGAAACUACACAGUGUUUGCAAUCGCCAACGAGGGUAUAGUGCCAUUCAUGCAGCGCUACAUGGCGGACCAAGCCAAGGAGAGGUGGUGGGGAACCAAGGACAAUAUCCUUACUCUUCUCAAUUACCAUACUGUAGCGGGCAGUCACAGCUUAGAUGAGCUGGUGAAGGUGUCUUCCAUCAGGAAAGUGGACACAAUGGCUGAUGGCUUCUCUCUCUAUGUGACAAAAGGAUCUGAUGGGGUUGUCAAGGUGAUGCCUAAGAAGACGGGAACUGUUGCCUCGGUGAUCAAGUCUGACAUCAUUGCAACCAAUGGCUACAUACAUGUUAUUGAUAAGGUUUUGGAGCCGUAUGAGCCAGUGGACCCUGACAACUACCCAGAACUUGCUGACCUCCUGGCCCAAAACCCCCAGUAUAGCAUCUUCACCUCUUGGCUAAAGGAGUAUGGGUUGAUAGAGACUAUAGAGAAGAUGAACGAGUACACCCUGUUUGUCCCCAACGAUGCAGCUGCUAGUCGCCUCAACAGGACAAUGACCCGUGCACUUCUUGGCUCAUUCAUCCACUCGUCUCUGGUGUACAUGUUUCUGGCGGAGGAUGGACAGCUACUCAUCAGCGAGUUCGAGGGAUCACUACACAGGAUAGACUUCACUGAGAACAACGGGGAGCUGUAUGCCAAUGGUAUCCAUGUUGUGAAGCAGGACAUGUUCACGUACGGUGGGAUGGUCAAUGAAAUCGACGGCCUUUUCCACCCAAUCUUCAACAACUGCGACAACAAAAUUGUCACUACAACCAAGGGUCCCUGUGCAGCAUGCAGGGGUACAGACUACAGCUGUGUGUCUCCAUCCCAACUCCCUGUGGAGAAAGUGGACCCUGUGUCGUGUUUCUAUGCUGUAAGGACGUCCCAUGGUUCCAUCACUGAGCAGCAGGGUUGCCAGGGCAUCUGUGUCACGGAAACCAUUGAGAAGGGCUGUUGUGAGGGGUAUUUUGGACUCAACUGUUCAGACUGUCCUGGUGGUCCAGAGACCCCAUGUCAUGGUCAUGGGGUGUGCAGUGAUGGUAGCCGCGGUAACGGAACAUGUACCUGUGAGCCCAAGUUCAUAGGCCUGGACUGUAACACUUGUAUAGAGGGCUGGGCUGGCAAAAACUGUGAUAUUGACAAAUCCAGCUGUGGGUACAAGAAUGGCGGGUGUGAUGUGAAUGCUGUCUGCUCCCAGAAUGCAACUGGUGCCAUUUCCUGUGUGUGUGAUGCUGGGUACAAUGGAGAUGGAUACAACUGCAGUGGACCCUGUAGCUAUGGCAAUGGAGGUUGUCAUAAAAAUGCUUCCUGUAGCUACUAUGUAGCCACUGGAAUCAGGUGCCAGUGUGAGGCUGCCCUGGUUGGCGAUGGGAAGAAGUACUGUAACAGUGAUGUCCUGUCUACUCUCCAAAUCCUGCCCACCUCCUCCAUGAUCUACCAGAUGAUUACAAACUUAGCUGAGGACAGUGAUUUAAAAUCAUUGCUAAGUGCUGAAAAUGUUCCAAACCAAAAACUGACCAUGUUUGUUCCAAUAGACAACACACUGAAAAAUAAAGUUUUACCAGUCGAAGCCCUGAGGAAGCAAUUGGUGGUUUCAGACCAUGUGACCACUCUGAAUAGUGUUGACUUUAAGAACUUCAGCCUAACCACAGUGUCCAACGAGACUCUGUACAUAACAUACAACCUCUUAGAACAUGCUUUUUAUGUGAACAAGAGCAAGGUCGUUGAAGGCAACAUACCUUGUACAAAUGGUGUGAUCCACUUUGUGUCCUCAUCCUUUACCCCACCCAUUCCCCUGACAAAGUCUGUGUCAGCCAGGAGCUUCCCUCUAGCAACUGUUCUGGGUAUUGUGGGCGCUUGUGUUUUCAUAGCAGUAAUAGGUGUUGCUGGGAUACUGCUGUACAGGAAGUCACAGUCUGGAUAUUGGCAGCUCCUCCAGGAGUGGGUUGCCAAGAAAAGGGAGUCUGACGGUGUCAUCCAGGACCAGUCACCCCUGAACGUAGAUGACAAAGAAGACCAGCCAUUGAGUGGCCUCCCUUCGAAUACAAACUUUGACAACCCCCUGUUCACACAGUCUGAUUAAAUAGUGUCCAUUGAAUUAUGUUGAUUGCACUAUUUGAUGUUAAGAAAAUUUGUUCAUUAUGGAUUUACCCCUGAACGUAGAUGACAAAGAAGACCAGCCAUUGAGUGGCCUCCCUUCGAAUACAAACUUUGACAACCCCCUGUUCACACAGUCUGAUUAAAUAGUGUCCAUUGAAUUAUGUUGAUUUAUGUAGAGGGGUGUCCCAUAAAAUUGAUAAUUUUGUUUAUAUUGCCUAUAUUUAACAUACAAAUACACUGAAACCUACAAGAUGUGAUAACCAUAAAUAUUUAUGAUUUAUAAUGCCCUAUUCCAAAAACCUGUAACUAAAAUAUCAUAUUCAUGAACACAUGUACGGAGCACACGGAGCACGCCAGAACGCAAUAAAGAUUUACUAUUUCCAUUGUGUUACUCUUUAUUAUAUUUUGAAAUUUGAACACUCAUUUUUACCAAUAUUAUGCUUUAAACAUGCUUUGAACAUGCUUUAUAUCAUUUACCUUGUGAAUUUUUUUAAAAUUAUAUAUUCCACAUAAGAUGCAUCCAACUACAUGUAUGUGCUAUUAUCUUAUGUCUUGUAGUUUGAUGUUUCCAUAUGUAUUUAUAUGUCACAAGAAACUGUACAGUUUAUGUGAAUAAAAUACUGUUCUGUUU